CUCAACAGCAGCCGCGGCUCGGGGGCAGACGGACAGAGCCGGGGCCGGGAGCCGCCCGGGCAGGGCUCGGGAGAGAGGGCCCCACCAUGAGGCCCCAGCCCCGCCAGAGCCCCCGCGCUCCCCGGGCCCCGGGCACGCCGUGCUAGCCCCUAUCUGGGGUGUGGGGAGGCCCGGUGGCCAUGGCCAGCCACGUGGACCUGCUGACGGAGCUGCAGCUGCUGGAGAAGGUGCCCACGCUGGAGCGGCUGCGGGCUGCCCAGAAGCGCCGGGCGCAGCAGCUGAAGAAGUGGGCGCAGUAUGAGCAGGACCUGCAGCACCGCAAGCGCAAGCACGAGAGGAAGCGCAGCACGGGUGGCCGGAGGAAGAAGGUGACCUUCGAGGCCAGCGUGGCCCUGCUGGAGGCCUCCCUGCGGAACGACACUGAGGAAGUACGCUACUUUCUGAAGAAUAAGGUCAGCCCUGACUUGUGCAACGAGGAUGGACUCACAGCCCUACACCAGUGCUGCAUCGACAACUUUGAGGAAAUUGUCAAGCUGCUCCUUUCCCACGGUGCGAACGUGAAUGCCAAGGACAACGAGCUGUGGACGCCCCUGCAUGCCGCGGCCACCUGCGGCCACAUCAACCUGGUGAAAAUCCUCGUUCAGUAUGGAGCUGACUUGCUUGCUGUCAACUCCGAUGGGAAUAUGCCGUAUGAUCUCUGUGAGGAUGAGCCCACUCUGGAUGUCAUCGAGACGUGCAUGGCAUACCAGGGCAUCACUCAAGAGAAAAUCAACGAGAUGCGGGCGGCUCCCGAGCAGCAGAUGAUUGCGGACAUCCACUGCAUGAUCGCCGCGGGCCAGGACCUGGACUGGAUCGAUGCCCAGGGUGCCACGCUGCUGCACAUAGCUGGAGCCAAUGGAUACCUACGAGCAGCUGAGCUCCUCCUGGACCACGGAGUGCGCGUGGAUGUGAAGGACUGGGAUGGCUGGGAGCCCCUGCACGCGGCUGCCUUCUGGGGACAGAUGCAAAUGGCAGAGCUAUUGGUGUCCCAUGGGGCCAGUCUCAGUGCUAGGACAUCCAUGGAUGAAAUGCCAAUAGACCUGUGUGAAGAAGAGGAGUUCAAGGUCCUGCUGCUGGAGCUAAAACACAAGCAUGAUGUCAUCAUGAAGUCACAGCUGAGGCACAAAUCAUCCUUGAGCCGGAGAACAUCCAGCACAGGCAGCCGUGGGAAGGUGGUGCGUCGAGCCAGCCUGUCGGACAGGACCAACUUGUACAGGAAGGAGUACGAGGGCGAGGCCAUCCUGUGGCAGCAGCGGAGCACGGCUGAGGAUCAGCGGACCUCAACCUACAACGGGGACAUCAGGGAGACCAGGACAGACCAGGAGAAUAAGGACCCCAACCCCCGGCUGGAGAAGCCCGUGCUGCUCUCUGAGUUUCCUACCAAGAUCCCACGAAGCGAAAUGGACGUGCCUGUCGAGAAUGGCCUCCGGGCUCCGGUCAGCGCCUACCAGUAUGCGCUGUCCAAUGGGGAUGUCUGGAAAGUGCAUGAGGUGCCCGACUACAACAUGGUCUAUGGCAACCCCGCUAUGGUCGACGCCACCCCGCCCUGGAGUGGCUACAAGGAACAGAGCCCCCAGACGCUUCUGGAGCUGAAGCGGCAUCGGGCUGCAGCCAAGCUGCUCAGCCACCCUUUCCUGAGCACCCACCUGGGCAGCAGCAUGGCCAGGACGGGCGAGAGCAGCAGCGAAGGCAAGGCCCCCUUGAUCGGAGGCAGAACUUCACCAUACAGCAGCAAUGGGACCUCGGUGUAUUACACAGUCACCAGCGGAGAUCCCCCGCUCUUGAAGUUCAAGGCCCCCAUAGAGGAGAUGGAAGAGAAGGUCCAUGGCUGUUGCCGCAUCUCCUAGUCUCCAUGUGACAGAGGAGAGAGAUGCACUGUGGGGUGGGGGUGGAGGAUCCCUGGAAUCCAGGCCAGCCCAGCAGCGCUGGCUGGGGAAGCUUCAGAGGGCAGCUGGCAGGGAGAUGGGCUGGGCUUUCCAGGGGAGCGCCGAGCCCACCUCUCAGCCAGCCGCCCACAGCGUCACCAGUGCUUCCUGCUGCAUUGUCUGCCAUCAGAAACAAGGCCCCUCGCGGCUUCCUGACUCACCCUGCUGUCUGAUUUUGGGAGGGAGGGCUGCGUUCCAGUUCUGUGGUUGGUAAAAUCGUCUCUGGACCAGUACUAGCAUGUCACAUAACACACACGCGCACACACACAUUUCGUCAACCUGUGUACAAGUGACAGCUGGGCUCAUGGGAAGCAGGUGGGACAGAGAAUUUGUGGGCUAUUCCCAAGAGGACCGAGGUUAAGACUGAGAGCGUUCGUCACCACUGCCAGUGUGGCUUUAGUGGGGGAGGGGGCCUGCUAAGCUGAGACCCAGAGUCCUACCCAGAGUCCUUUCAAGGUCUGGGCCACCAUUUACAUCUCACACGAGCAGGCAGUCCUCUCUGUGUUCAGAGGGAGCCUUGAACCCGCAAGGGUAGAUGAAAUGGACACAGCCUGCUCCCCACAGCCUUGCCCAGGCCAGGAGCCAGCUGUGUAACUACCCAGGGGCUGAGGUGGGAAACCAAGCUAUUCCAUUCCUGGGAUGAUCCAGAUCACAUUCUGUUCUUAGAUGGAAGCAUCAAAAAGUGGAGGUGGGGGGAAAAGUUCGUGUUUCCAAAAGUGCAUUUGAAACAGGAAUAAUUCAAGGCUAUACAACUCUAGGCGGGAGGGAACUGAAUGUGACUGUUUUCACCGAUAAUGCUGUGCUCCCUGGGUUUUACUGACUUGUGCUGAAAAAAUGAGCUUGGGGAGCUUGACUUGGAAGGGCUUUUCCAAGGAGAGGAGUGAAUUCAUGUUGGUCAUUCCUCAGCCGUCCUUCCUCGGACUGCGCCAUCGGAGUGAGC